AUGUUAAUUAAUUACUUAUGUAAUUGAGAGGCGCGAAGUACUCCACUCGACCAAGCACGGCACAAGCGCCAAAAAUAAGUCAAGUUUUGAGCGUUUUACAAGACGAAGGUCGCCAUGGGCAGUCCAGACUGGAAUCGYUUUCGCUAUAAUUUACCAACUUCACUUCGAAUUGCCAUUGCUGAGUUUUUCUCGACUUUUAUCCUUGUGACCUUCGGUUGCGGGUCCAUUGCUCAGAUGGUGUUAAGUAAGGAAACUAAAGGAACGUUCUUUUCUGUUAACUUCGGUUGGGGUAUCGGAGUUACACUUGGUUGCUAUUGGGCUGGUGGUAUAUCUGGGGCUCACAUGAAUCCAGCAGUUACUUUAGCGUGUGCUGUUGCCAGGAAACUAUCUUGGUCUAUGGUGCCUGUGUAUUGUCUAGCACAGCUUUUCGGUGCUUUCAUUGCAUCUGCGUGUGUUUAUGGUGUGUAUAUUGACGCCCUGAAUACGUUUGACGGAGGUGUUCGCAAGAUCCUGGGCCCCAAUGGCACUGCGGGGAUAUUUGCUACAUACCCUCAGCCAUUCCUAUCCAUCGGUAAUGGYUUUGGCGACCAGGUAUUUGGUACGAUGCUACUGGUCAGCUGUAUCUUCGCCAUUCUCGACAAAAACAACAAUGCCCCGGAUAAAGGCGUGGCUCCUGUGCUAAUCGGUCUUACAGUAUUUGUGAUCGGUGCCACAUUUGGAUUUAAUGCUGGCUACGCUAUCAACCCAGCCAGGGACCUGGGACCUAGGAUCUUUACWGCGAUAGCAGGAUGGGGUCCUGAGGUCUUCACUGUUCAUCACAGUUGGUCKUGGGUACCCGUGAUUGCCUGUUCUUUGGGAGGGGUGAUUGGGGGAAUGAUUUACCUUUUAUGCUUCGAGCUGCAACACGAUGCGAGUGAAGAAGACAGUGGCAAAGGUGGCAAUGGUGGCAAUGGUGGUAAUGGUGGCAAUGGUUAUGAACCACUAGCGACUGCAGAGUAAAUACARAUAUCAAUAAAUCAAAUCAAUUGAGAGGAAAAUUGAAAAGUUUGAAAAAGAGGUUUAUUGCAUUUUGAAGUUACGAAAUGAAAUGGUUUAUGAUUAGGAACCACCUAGGUUAGUGCUUUUAGUGCAAAUAUUAGCGUAAAAAAGUACUAACCAAAUAGUGCAAAAUAAUGCAAUAUAGUGUAGAUUAGAMGAUAGCAARCAAAGGRAUUCGCAUAAUUAAGUACAAUUUAUCUAAUAAGAGUGAAGUCAUAAGAGUUAAGUCAUUARACCCGUGAAACAAAAUUUGACUCUCAAAGUGUAAAGGACACGCCCUAAUAUAAGGAAUGAUCUGAUUUUCCAAUCGUCUAUUAUUUCUCAAGUAGUCAGUAGAGGCUAAUUAAAAAUUAUGUGAUUAGUUAGAUUAGCACAAGCUGAGGUUGAGGAAGCUUGACCAGAAAGACUUUCUGCAGUGGAAGAGUUUGUGCAGUAGAGUUCCAAACUCAAGCACUUUGCUUAGUACUUUCUAAGACAAAACUAGUACAAACUCGCUCUUGGCCUGCAACUCGGAGGUAGCACGAUUUGAGUGCUGUAAAGUCAAUUUUUUAAUGAUUCUAAACUUAACUCUGAUAUCCUGUUUCCAUCAUAAUUUCUAGUCAAAACUAAGACGAUUGUGUUCUUAACUAUAAUGGUGUGCCACACAUGAAACUACAUUAAUAAAAACAGUCUAUGACUCUAAUGUAAACAUAUCGAAAAGUACAAGGUCAAGAAAUUCAUUUAAAUUUCACAAAUAACAAAUCAUUCAAAUUCUGUUCAAUUAGUCGUUUAAUGUUUUCUUAAUCAAAUAGCAUGGAGACCUUUAACAUUUCAGCGAGUGUUCUGUUUCUACUCAGAUGAGUCUUACAAAAUGCAAUAAACCUAGGACGAUGUUUUAAAAACUGAAUAGCUUUUUGACGUGCUCUUGAUUGGAGCUAAAGUAUUUUAUCUCAUGUUAGACCAUAAUCAAAUGAAAUUUAAUUUCUCUAAAAAUAAACAUGAAUUUAAAAUAAAUGACAUAAUUUUAAAAAUAUUAAUAAUCGAUCCCCCCAAAAACCGUGGUUGGGCUAAAACUGAUACUACAGUGACGUCAUUAAACCCGUGAAACAAAAUUUAACAAUUAAAGYGUGAAAGUCAAAUWGACACAAACGAAAAGAAUGCAGYUAGAGCCCCAAGGUAUAUUAGUGUGAUUAUCUAUUUCACGGGUAUAUUGACUUWACUCUAACCAAAUAGUUCUGAAUAGCGGAAUAUAUUGUAAAUUAGACAAUAGAAAACUCUAGCUCUAGCUAUAAAAUUUGUAAUAACUGUAAUAGAGGGAUCGUACUUAAACCGUGCAACUGUGUACAAACUAAAUAGUGCUUUUAGUUGCAUUUAGUAAAUCGAAGUAAAUCGAAGCAUUCAAUAUCGUCUUGCUUCAGGUCCACUUUUAGUACAAAUUAGUACUACUUACAUUUUUUUUGCACGGUUUAAGUCCGAUCACUCUGUAAGCUUAUGAGYAAUGUAAAUGCAGUUAAAUCCACAUGAAAACAAAAUCAAUCGAUCGAUAACAAAGAUAGGCCAAACAGACACAAAUUAGAAAAUGUGUAUUUCUAUUAGUGUACUAUUAAAGGGCCAUGGUCCACCAGCAUUCUAUGCGCUCGUAUUUUAGAAUUUCUAUAUAUGGAAAAUAAUACAAAUAUCCAUUCGUACGUAAUCCGUUUCCAGUUUGUUCGUUCUAACGCCGAAUCUUACAGUAUCUCCAUUCAUAKAGUACUUAUAUUUUUAUUCAAACAUAAACAAAACAAAAGGUCGAAUGGAAUGACUGUGGACCAUGGCCCUGURAUAUAAAAUCGAAGCAAAAAUGAGAUACCAAAAUAAAAUGCCAGAACGCUUUAUUCAGCAAACUAUUACAGAAAAUGAACUGAAAAUUACGAAAUGAUUAAAGUAAAUCAAAG